GCAGAGCUGGGCGGGCGUCGGGCAGGGGAAGUGGGUGAUCCUACCGCAGGAGGGGCCUCCCAGGGACGUGCACCCUGCUUUCCGGGGCUGGGCGGUGGGCAGUGACUGGGCCCUUUACGGCGGGGGCUCUCCUGGGAAGAGGGGGUUGGCCUGGUAUUGGGCUCCGGAUGGCGCCCUCCUAUAACCGCCUGCCUCCCCCCACCCCCCGGCCAGAGGGUUAGAGGAGAACGCGGGCGAGUUAGCCAGGGCGGUGGUUGAUGCCAAAGGUCCCCCCUCCCCCACGAGGGCGGGGGCGGGGCAGGAGCAGGAAGAUGCUCUGGUUUCUCUCAUCUCGGGCAGAUGAAAGGAAGGCUGAGCGUGGGGGCGCCGCUGUGAUUUCAGGGUGCCUCUGCUAGUGGCUGCCGUGAUUGGAGAUUCUUGGGUGGCUAGAACUGGGCGCUGUGGAUGAGUAACCCCGGAUGUGGCCCCACUCAGAGGCAUCGGGCCUUGGGGACGCUGGCUGGAGCGGCCCUGCUCUCCACCCUAUGGGUCCUGUGGCAACUCAGGUCGGCCCCCGGGGCCACCCCCGCACCGCCGCCCACGCUCACCAUCCUCAUCUGGCACUGGCCCUUCACCGACCAGCCCCCAGAGCUGCCCAGCAACACCUGCGUCCGCUACGGGGUGACCCGCUGCCGCCUGAGCACCAACCACAGCCUGCUGGCCAGCGCGGAUGUCGUGGUCUUCCACCACCGCGAGCUGCAGAGCCAGCGGGCCCGCCUUCCGCUGGCCGAGCGGCCACCUGGGCAGCCCUGGGUGUGGGCCUCCAUGGAGUCGCCCAGCCACACCCACGGCCUCCACCGCCUCGGUGGCAUCUUUAACUGGGUGCUCAGCUACCGGCGUGACUCGGACAUCUUCGUGCCCUACGGCCGGCUGGAGCCUCGCCAGGGGCCCGCCCGGCCGCUGCCGGCCAAGAGCAGCGUGGCUGCCUGGGUGGUCAGCAACUUCCGGGAGCAGCAGCGCCGCGUGCAGCUGUACCGGCAGCUGGCACCUCACCUGCGGGUGGAUGUGUUCGGCCGUGCCAACGGGCGGCCUCUGUGUGCCGACUGCCUGCUGCCCACCGUGGCGCGCUACCUCUUCUACCUGUCUUUCGAGAACUCGCAGCACCGAGACUAUAUCACCGAGAAGUUUUGGCGUAACGCUCUGGCAGCGGGCACCGUCCCUGUGGUGCUGGGGCCCCCGAGGGCCACCUACGAGGCCUUUGCACCUGCUGAUGCCUUCGUGCACGUGGACGACUUCAGCACAGCCCAGGAGCUGGCCUCGUUCCUGGCGGGCAUGAACGAGAGCCGCUACCGGCGCUACUUUGCCUGGCGAGAGCGGCUCCGGGUGAGGCUGUUUGGAGACUGGCGAGAGCGCUUCUGUGCCAUCUGCACCCACUACCCCCGCCUACCCCGAGGCCAGGUCUACCAGGACCUUGAGGGCUGGUUCCAGGCCUGAGCUCUGGCUGCAGCAGGAGGCAGAGGAGGGCAGCUGGGUGCUAGCGGUAUGGGUGGAAGGCUGGGUGUUGAAAUCAAACCACCAGGCAUCCGGCCCCGACGCACAGCCAUCAGGUUAAUGCGGAGGCUGGGGUCAGAGGCUAGAAAGCAGGGGUCUAGGAGGAAUGGGCUGAUCUAAGCAGGCUGCCUGGAGGAGGCUGGUGAGCAUCGGAAUAAGCAUCUGCGGGUGAAGGUUGAGAGCAUGGAGUUAAUGGGAGUGCGUGUUGCUAGUGGGUCAAAGGUACAGGCUCCCACGCCCUCCGAGGACCUCCCUCCCCGGGGGCCUUGGUGAGAUGCUGGGUGAAGCAAGGCUACCCAGACACAGGCUGGGAGAGGCCAGAGGCUGGGCCUGGGGGUGUGCCCUCCUGCGGUCUGUGCGGGGAGACUGUGCCCCUGGGCCGCCUCCGUAGGUGAUCGUCGGCCAGUCGUGCGGCCACAUCACGUGCCCUCCACGGUGCUGCACCACCACGGGCAGACCUGUGCCAGGCCCAGGGACACCCGCCGUCCACUCUGGGAGGGGCAGCCACCAAUAAAGGGAGGCCGA